UGUUGGCUUUGUUUGGGUUUUUUCUUUGUUAACACGUUGUAGUGAACCUGUUAAAUUACUUCUCUUUUUUUUUUUUUAUAGUGUUUCAUUUGUGUUUGUAAUCGUAUCCUAAGAAGUAAACACUAUAGCUGUUACAGUGUUAGAAAAAAAGAAGCGAUAAUGCACAACAAAAUUUAAUAACAGUUAAUGCUACAGUAAAUAUUCAUACUAGCCGACUAAAAUCAUGAAAAUAAUAGUAGAAAGGGCUGAGCCAUAAUUAUGAUUUAUGUUCGCAUAUGAAGACCAUUCAUAACUAGGCACAUGGAUGAACAUGACCAAGUUUGGCAACAGAUUUUACAUGUAUUAAAUUUUUCCGAAGUUGGUCAAACGUUCGUCCAUUUAAGAAGGGUCUUUUGAAAAUAUCCCAAAUACAAGAUGACAUAGUAUGAAUCUCAUCAUGUUAUAUGGAUAAAGUUUUCAAGUGGUCAUUGCAGUGGCUGGGAAAAAUGGUCACCAUUUGAGUUGACUACCAAUGUACCACUGCCCACAGUCGACCAUUAAUUAUAGAAAUCAUUACUCAUUCAUGAACAUGCGCAUGCACAUAAAAUUAUAAAAAGAAGGUCGUGCAGACCAAAGGUGUUAAAUUACCACACAAUGUUAACUUCAAAUUGGAUUACCAAUACCAACAGGUUCUUUAUCUGCAUCAGUACUUAGAAGGUGAUUUAUUACCAUGUCAGAAAAAUAUGCAAACAAGGUCAUCCUUGCACCAAUGGUUCGUGUGUGUACUCUACCUAUGCGUUUGCUCGCUUUGGACUAUGGUGCUGACCUUGUAUACUGUGAGGAGAUUAUUGACCGCAAACUGCUUCUUUCCCAAAGAAUUGAAAAUGGGGUGCUUGGUACCAUAGAUUUUGUGAUGUCAGAUGGCACAAUAGUGUUCAGAACCUGCCCACAGGAGAAAGGGAAAGUGAUUUUUCAACUGGGGACUUCUGAUGCCAAGAGGGCAUUGGCAGCUGCCCGCAUGGUAGAGAAAGAUGUAGCAGGCAUUGAUAUCAACAUGGGCUGUCCAAAAGAGUUCUCCAUAAAGGGAGGCAUGGGCUGUGCCCUCUUGACACAACCUGAAAAAGUGAAAAGGAUUUUAACCACAUUAGUUGAGGGGCUUUCCAUUCCAGUCACCUGUAAAAUUCGUGUACUUCCUGAUCUGGAUAAAACCAUUGAGCUUGCAAAACUUAUUGAGAGUACUAAAGUGGCAGCCCUGGCUGUCCAUGGAAGAAAAAGAGAUGAACGCCCUCAUCACAAGAACCGCAAUCAUUUCAUCCAAGCUAUUGCAUCUGCACUUGCCAUUCCAGUUAUUGCAAAUGGUGGUUCCAGAGAAAUUUUGCAGUUCCAAGAUAUUGAGAAAUUUCGUAUUGAAACUGGUGCCUCCUCUGUGAUGAUUGCCAGAGCUGCAGAAUGGAACUGCUCCAUUUUCCGUAAAGAGGGAAUGAUUCCAUUGUACGAUGUUGUGAGACAAUACCUGAGAUAUGCUUUCAAGUAUGACAAUAAUGAGAUCAACACAAAGUACUGCCUUCUUCAAAUGAUGCAUGAAUCUAUGGAUAUGCCAGAAGGCCAAGGAACUCUGUCAGUCAAAAGUAUGGAUGAGAUAAGCACAGUGUGGGGAAUGACAGAAGAGUACGACCAAGUCCAGAAAGAUAGGAAGGAGCAAGAAAGCUUAAUUAAACAGCAGAAGGAUGAAGUUGGAUGUGGCUUUAAGCGCCGUAAAGCAGAUGAUGGUGUCAUUCUAAUUGAGCUGCCAGUCAAAUUUGACCGAAGGUGCUACCUUCCUGCCAUGAGUCCAAAACAAAGUCUUCAUGAAUGGUGUCGGAAGUGCUGCUUUAUGAGCCCAGUUUAUAAGACAGAGGAACAUGCUGAAGACCGGAGCUUCCACUGUCGAGUACUUGUAGAUGACAAAUGGUAUACAACUCCCUUUUGGGAAAAAAAGAAACAGUUUGCAGAACAGGCAGCUGCUAUGUGUUGCCUUCUUGUCCAUGGUAUUCAUGAUGGCAGAAUCAAAGAACCUGAUGAUCAAACACCUGAGAUGAGACAAGAAUGGCACCGUGUUGCCAGUGCUCAGAUUCAAGAGGAGACACUCUUGAUGACAGCAAAUGCAGAAGCCAAUGUUAAAAGACAAGAUGAAAAUAAGGAAUGUUUUGUUACCUUAGAAACUCAGUUAUUGAAAGCCUCAUCAUGGGAUUGUCAUAAAACGCAAAAAUACCCUGAAGAGUCAAAGAAAUCUGAAGAGGAUGACCUGAAAGUAGCCAAAACUAUGGCCAACGAAAAUCCUCUAGAAUGCUAUUAUACAGCAGACUUUACAUAGCUUCAGGGACAUCUUUCUUGUAACUGCAUUCAGCAUGCUUAAAAAUUUGAUACUGGUCAUGAUGUAUGUUUUUGUGUGUUUGAAUGAAAGCAUUUUCAAGUAACUGUUCAGUGGACAUUAGGCCACUGAAAUUAAGCAGAUAUCUUAAUUUGUAGAACUAUAAAAACAGGUCAUUAUCUGAACCUUUGUAUAAGACUUAAGAUUAUAAGAUUUAAAUCUGAGGGAAGAUCAAUGAUUUUAUAUAUCACUUAUGAAACAAAACUGUACAAAUGCAUGAGAUAUUUACCUUCUUGUAAUUCACCACCACAUAUGAGAGUACACAGCCUGUAACUGAUCUCUGCAUCUCAUUUUAGGGGCCACUCCUAUUUUGUGGUCAAUGAUGUCAGCUCUUACCUGAAGAUUUCAUUGGAUGCAUGGAAUUUUUAUCAUCACAAAACAUUUAUGUAGAUAUAACAGUGAAUUACAAUACAAAGAAAAAUGGUGAGGUGGCA